UUUGUUGUGUUUUUUUGUGUUUGCAUUUCAGUUGCUGUCGUUCGAGUUCACUUGCAUUUUGGAUUCGUUGAAACUGUUUUUAUUUUUCUUUUAAUUUUGUUAUUCCACCGCGAAGUUAUGACAUUUUAAAAUAAAUCCACACAGUUAAAUCUCAACAAGUAUUAUAGACAAUUUCAAUAGCCACAAAACAUGGCAACAAAAUUAGAAAUGAAUGUUCGUACAUUGAUCGUGCAAUGUGAGGAUUUGGCGAGAGAUGAUGUAAAUAAUUGGUUGCUUAAGAAAUACAUCAAAUCAUUGGACACUAUGAUUCGAGAGCUGGACGGAAGUGAUGAAAAGCCAAAAAUAUCAGCAACCGAUGAAUACAAAACACGAUGUCAGGCGUUGAAAGAACAAACCAAUUACGUAGAACCGCCAAAACUAGCCGACAAACUCAAAUCGAAGUCAUCAUUGGAUGCCGGUAAUCAUAUUGUACGAGAAAUGAAUCAAAUACAAGAUUCCAAGUAUGUAAAAUCGUUGCGUCGUGAUUUGCUCGGAGUCAGUGGCAAUGAUCCAAACAAUGCUGUCCGACAGCGAGUGAAAAGCAGCACAACGGGCAGCGGUGAAGACAUGAACGAAGCAAUGAAGCACCAUGCCAAUGUACAGGAGAAAAUUGCCGAAGAAAUGCUCGCCUUAACUAGGAAUCUGAAGGAACAAUCGAAAAUCGCCAACGAAAUCAUUCGAAAAGAUACUGAAAAAUUAACAAAAUCCAGCCAUUUAUCCGAAAAAAAUAUCGUGGCAUUGGACAAAGAAGGCACAGUACUCAAAGAGCAUUCGAAGAGAGCGUGGAAAUGUUGGAUGUGGAUUAUGAUCGGAUUAGUUAUGGUUAUUUUUAUAUUUAUGGUCCUGUUUAUGAAAAUUAUGAAAAAACGAACAAAUUAACCCAAUCAAUCACGUUGUGCCGAAAGUAAUUCACUGAAGAGAUG